AUGAGUCAUAAAAUUAAGUCGGAAGUCAGCUCAUAUUACAAACACGAUAAGGCUACUGUAAAUCACCGCAGAAGUUCUAGUGUUGAUAGUAACGAUGAUAAAAUGUCUUAUGUCAGUCGGUCGUCUAAUCAUAAACAUAGCAAGACUAGGCCUCAUAGUUCGAUUAAGUCAACAACCCAUUCAGAACACAAGAAAUCCCACCAUUCUUCCAAAAAGAAAAGAAAAAAGCAUAGAAGGUCAUCCUCUAACUCAUCGUCUUCUUCAUCAUCAUCGUCGUCAUGUGACAAUCGCUCUGAUAAUGGAACCACGAAGAAACACACAUCAUCUGCUACUGUUCCCAAGGAAUUGUUGUCUCUUUCACUGGAAGAAAUACAAAAGAUUAGUGAAGAAAGGCGACAAAAGAAGGCUUUGAUGAAAAUCCUAGAAACACCAGAAGAGAAACGAGCCAGACGUUUAGCUAAAAAAGAAGCUAAAGAACGUUGGAGACGCGAACGAAUGGGAUGGGAUAAAGAGUAUUUAGGUUAUACAAAUGAAGAUAAUCCAUUCGGUGAUCAUCGUCUUUCUGAAUCAUUUGUCUGGAAACGGAAAUUAGAAAGACAAGGAUUGUCACAUUUGUCCAAAGAGGAUCUUCAAGUCUUACAAAAAAAGAAAAUGCAAGAGAAUAAAAUGGAAUUGGAAGCUGUUCGACGUAGACGUAUUGAAAGAGAACGAGAACGUGAACAGCAUGAGAAAGAAAUGGAAAUGAUGCAACGAGAUAAAGAAGCAGAAUAUUAUCGAUCAUGGGAACAACAAGAAGACAAUUUCCAUUUACAACAAGCUAAAUUACGUUCUCGUAUUCGUAUUGCUGAUGGACGUGCCAAACCAAUUGAUUUGUUAGCAAAAUAUAUAGCUGAUCAAGAGGAAGAUUCAAUGGAGUUUGAAAUAUCAGGUGUAGUGGAAAUUUUGGAACCGACACAAUUUCUUGUUGGCUUAGGUAUAGAAGAUUUAGAAGAUUUACUUGAAGAUAUUAAGGUAGUGUAUAUGGAAUUAGAAAAAGGUUGUAAUGCAGAAUAUUGGCGUGAUAUUACAACUGUUGUUGAAGAUGAAUUAAAUAAAUUGCGUCGAUUAGAAGAAAAUAGCGGAGUAGCUGGUGCAUGCGGUGCCGAUACCAGAGGUCGUAGUUCGGCUACUAUUAGUCAGUCUGUUAUGCAAAGUGUUGCGGAAACGUUAAAAGGCAAAACAUACAAUCAAUUAAGUGCAUUAGAGAAACAAAUUGCUCCAAAGCUGCGUGGUGGUGAAGGUGUAGAUGUGACUUAUUGGGAAACAUUAGCUCAAUUUGUUCGUGCUCAAAUGGCCCGUACUCGUCUACGUGAUAUGCAUCAAAACAAUCUUAAACGUAAAUUAGAAUGUUUACGUCAAGCUCAAGGUAUUGUCUCAGAACCAUUAUUUCCUAGUGCUGCUGUUAAACAGUCAAAUGAUCGUGUCGAAUCGGACAUUGAACAACCUGCUCAGCCUACUGAAGAGGAAAAUGAUCCUGAAAAUUUCAUCCCACCUCCCUUACCUCCGAUUGAAUUGAACAGAGACGGUAAUCCAGUUAGUAAUAAUGCUAUUGAAGAUUUACACAGCGCUGAAGCUAUCAAAGCUGUUCGUGCAGCUGAACUACAAGCGGCGGCUUUGAUUGAAGAAGAACCGUACAAUCCAUCGCUUUAUUCACCACCACGUAUAAAUCCAGAUGAUUUAGAAUUGGACGCCGUUAUUUAUAAUCCAGAAGAUGAUCAAGCAAAAAUUGAAUAUCAGCGUCAAGAAGUUUUACGUACAGGAACGAUGCAAGCUACUGAAGAAGAAGAGCUUAUAAGGCGAGCUAGAGAAGGCAUGGAAGAUGGUGAAGAUGCACAAUUCUCAGUUAUGAUUCCAGUUGAAGAUCAAUCUUUUCUUUGGUCCGAUAAAUAUAGACCAAGAAAACCACGUUUCUUUAAUCGUGUUCAUACUGGUUUUGUAUGGAACAAAUAUAAUCAAACACAUUAUGAUUUAGAUAAUCCACCGCCCAAAAUUGUUCAAGGCUAUAAAUUCAAUGUUUUUUAUCCAGAUUUAAUUGACAAAACUAAGACACCAACUUAUACAUUGACAGCAUGUGGUGAACCAGAAAAAGAUUUUGCUAUUCUACGUUUUAUCGCUGGACCACCAUAUGAAGAUAUUGCAUUUAAAAUUGUUAAUCGUGAAUGGGAAUAUUCAUAUAAGCAUGGAUUUCGAUGUCAAUUUCAAAAUAAUAUCUUUCAGUUAUGGUUUCAUUUUAAACGAUUUCGUUAUCGUCGAUAA